CUUGGAAUUGCUUUAUAUUAUAUUUUCUGCCUUACUACAAAAGUACAUCAACUCUUGAUUUACAAAGCAGUUACGGCAUAAUAACAAUGUAGUGACUUGGACAUUUUUAUGCAUUGUAUACUGAAUCUUUCUUUACACAACUAAGCUGCUUACCUGUGAGAAAAGUUUAUUUGCUAUCUUUACAUACAUACAUAUACAAAUAUAAAAUAGGGAGCACUGCUUUGUAAAGAAUAUAAAAAAUGUCAAACAAAAAAUAUAUUUCUGCUGUUGCAAUAUGGGUCUGUUUAUAUGUUACUGCAAUGUGAACCCUGAGAGAUACAGACGGACGCAGCUGCGUCAAAAAACUCCAGCCAACAUGGCAAAGUGUAAAGCGUGCAAAACAGUCACAAAACAUCAAAUGUAUAACAAUACAAACAGGCUUCGUGAAAUAAUCACGGAAAAACGAACGCUAGCCUAGUGCGUACAAAAACACGUAACACAAAAACAAUCUCACACAAAAACAUGAGGGGGAACAGAGGAAUAAAUACAUGUGGUGUGAUUGGGGAAUGAAAACCAGGUGUGCAGGGAACAAGACAAAACAAAUGGAUAAAUUAAAAACGGAGCGGCGAUGGCUAGAAAGCCGGUGACGUCGACCGCCGAACGCCGCCCGAACAAGGAGAGGAGCCGACUUCGGCGGAAGUCAUGACACUGCAAUGUGCCUAUACAACUGUAACUGUAAUGUGCCUAUACAACUGUAUCUGUAAUGUGCCUAUACAACUGUAUCUGUAAUGUGCCUAUACAACUGUAUCUGUAAUGUGCCUAUACAACUGUAUCUGUAAUGUGCCUAUACAACUGUAUCUGUAAUGUGCCUAUACCACUGAAUCUGUAAUGUGCCUAUACAACUGUAUCUGUAAUGUGCCUAUACAACUGUAUCUGUAAUGUGCCUAUACCACUGAAUCUGCAAUGUGCCUGUACCACUGAAUCUGUAAUGUGCCUAUACAACUGUAUCUGUAAUGUGCCUGUACCACUGAAUCUGUAAUGUGCCUAUACAACUGUAUCUGUAAUGUGCCUAUACCACUGAAUCUGUAAUGUGCCUAUACAACUGUAUCUGUAAUGUGCCUAUACCACUGAAUCUGCAAUGUGCCUAUACAACUGUAUCUGUAAUGUGCCUAUACCACUGAAUCUGUAAUGUGCCUAUACAACUGUAUCUGUAAUGUGCCUAUACAACUGAAUCUGUAAUGUGCCUAUACCACUGAAUCUGUAAUGUGCCUAUACAACUGUAUCUGUAAUGUGCCUAUACAACUGAAUCUGCAAGGUGCCUGUACCACUGAAUCUGCAAGGUGCCUGUACCACUGAAUCUGCAAGGUGCCUGUACCACUGAAUCUGCAAGGUGCCUGUACCACUGAAUCUGCAAUGAUGAUGAGACAGGCCAUGUUCUUCCUCUUGCUGGCUCUUCUAGGAACACCUACUGAUGCCAUUGUUCCAAAAAAUCUUGCCUUGCGUGGAAAAGCUACUCAGUCAGACCUCAUCGAGAACCCAUGGUCAGGUUAUAGCCAUCCCUCAAAUGCCGUUGAUGGGAACCGCAAUUCAGAUUUCCAUCAUGGGUCUUGUGCUCUCACUGACUCUGGGACUAACCCCUGGUGGAGAGUGGACCUGCUUGAUACCUACAUAGUCACCUCUGUGACCAUCACCAACAGAGGUGACUGCUGCCAUACAAAUAUCAACGGUGCUGAAGUUCGCAUUGGAAACUCCUUACAGGAUGAGGGCAUUCACAACACACUAGCUGGUGUGAUCUCCACCCUUGCAGCAGGUAGAUCUCUAACUCUGAGGUGGACAUCAGGUGUGGAAGGACGUUAUGUGACUGUGGUUCUACCAGGGACAGGAAGACAACUGACACUCUGUGAAGUGGAGGUUUAUGGGUACCUCGCCCCAACUGGAAUGAAUGUGGCGAUAACAGGAAAGGCCACCCAGUCAUCAUUACAUGGGUUUGGGUUUGCUAACAAUGCCAUCGACGGGAACCGAAAUGGUAUUUAUGGAGAUGGUUCCUGCACCCACACCAAAGCCAACUAUAACCCCUGGUGGCGACUGGACCUUCUAAAGACCUACAAAGUGUUCUCCAUCACCAUCACCAACACAGUGGACAGUGUUCCCAACAGACUGAAUGGAGCUGAGAUCCGCAUUGGAGACUCCCCGGACAACAACAAUGGCAACAACAAUCCCAGGUGUGCUGUGAUCUCCUCUAUACCUGGGGGCUUCUCCAGCACCUUCCAGUGUAACGGCAUGGAGGGUCGAUACAUCAACGUGGUCAUUCCAGGAAGAAGUGAAUACCUGACCCUGUGUGAGGUGGAGAUCUAUGGGUCACCACUGGACUGAUAGAUCCAGAGCACUUAUUACCAAACAUGUAAUCUGGAGCACAUAUCGUAGGUAACAUUCUCUAUCUGUAGGAAAAAUGUAAUUCAUUGAAAGUUGAGUGUUUUAUUUCCCUCUGUAAAUAGUUAUAUUGAAUACAUUCAUUUAGCUGUUUUCUUAAAACUGUACAUACUGCAAUUGCUCCUAUCAUUGUGCUAUUGUAUGUACUUGGAGAAGAUAAAAGUGUAACACAACA